UUUUAUAGUUCAUGAGAAAUGAGGGAGCGUUUAGUAUUUGGCAAACUGUGUCCGUGAAUAGAAAUUGACUAAUGUUUCUAAUUUUUUUUUAUCAUGUAAAACAACCAUCUGGUCAUUUUCAAUUGGUAUCGUUCAAUGGAAUUUUUUAAAAACUAUCAAAUCGCGGAAUUAUGUCAAUGUGUACGAUCGGAUAGAUUGAUUCAGAAAUAAGAUUUUUUUUAUUAAAAAAAUAUAUAUACUUACUGUGGUAGUUAUCAAUAACUGGAUAUUUUUAACUUUCGAUCCAGGUCGAAGAAGAUUCGUCACUGAAAUGCUUUUAAAAGCAUGAAGGAGAUAGAAUAAUAACCACUAGCUAAGCACGAUAACGAUUAUUCUUGUUAAAGAACGAUUUAUACACGUUCACUAUGAAUUCUGUAACCAUAUUUACUUCGUUACUUGUUAUGUUACUUAGUGUGAAGCAUGGAUUAUUGAUAUCGCAACAUCCAAAGUUGUUAGUAAUAUCAUAUGAUGCAUUCAGGUAUGACUAUUUUGACAGAACACCAUUUAUGAAUAAACUGAAACAUGAAGGCACAUAUGCGGAUUACAUGAUGAAUAUUUUUGUCACAAAAACAUUUCCUAAUCAUCAUACAAUGGCUACAGGAUUGUAUGCAGAAACACAUGGAGUUGUGGAUAAUGAAUUUUAUGAUCCUGCUUCAGGAAAUACAACAAAAUAUUCAUAUAAUUUGUAUCAUUAUGAUAAUAGAAUUCUUCCUAUUUGGACUGUUAACCAAAAGGCUGGUGCACAAAGAAGAAGUGGCACAAUGAUGUGGCCUGGUGGCAUUUAUGAAUAUCAAGGAAUUUCCCCUACAUUUGCUCAGAAUUUUAAUGAGACUGUACCUUGGGAAGAAAGAAUUGAUACCUUAAUAUCAUGGUUUAUACAUCCUAUACAUCCAAUAAAUUUUGGAAUAUUAUACAUUGAAGAGCCAGAUUAUCAUGGCCAUGUGAUUGGAAUAAAAGGACCUCAAUUUGAUGAUAUUCUUAGGAAAUUAGAUAAUAUAACUAGGUAUCUUCACAAUAAGAUAGAAUACCAUGGUUUACAUGAUCUUAAUGUUGUUCAUUUGAGUGAUCAUGGAAUGGCAACGGUUAAGUUAGACAGGAUAAUAGAUCUAACAAAGUAUAUUAACAGCUCUGAUUACAAAUUUGUGGGUACCUCACCAGGAUUACACAUUUUCCCUAAUCCUGGCAAAGAAGAAAUAAUUUAUCAAGCAUUGAAACAAGCAGCGUUGAAAUCGAAGACAUUUAGAGUUUUCAAAAGGGAUGAAAUUCCUAAGAAAUAUCACUAUGGAAAUAAUACGCGUAUUGGUCCUAUCUUUGUCAUUGCUGAAAUUGGAUAUGCAUUUCAAAAUCUCCUUGAUAACAUAGAAUAUUAUAAGAAAAAGUUCAAUAUUACAGUAACCAGUGAUUCAGAAUUUGGUCUUCAUGGCUACGAUAAUGAGGCUAUAGAAAUGCAUCCUUUCUUCUUCGCAAAUGGUCCUGCAUUUAUGCCUAAGUGCAAACUUGAACCUUUUAAUAAUCUAGAUUUAUUUCCGCUAUUUUGUAAAAUACUCGAUCUACGAUGUCCCAUAGGGAAUGGUACUAUAUCACAUCUAACCAAGUGCCUUAAGAAACAUCAACAGGAUAUCACAGUAAUCGCGUAUCGAUUGAUAUUUGUAGCCACUACAAUAUCUAUGACACUGGUAGUAAUUAUAGGAGCAAUAGUAAUGUUCUAUAUGAGGAAACGGCGAUUAGGAGCAAAAAGUUACAGGAGAUAUUAUCCGGUGGAUGGGUAGUAUGUAAAAAAUAUCAAGCAAUAUAUGAAUUUUCAUAUUGCAUAGAGAUAACAAAAUGAAUUCAAAAAAAUGACGACACAGUAAUAAGAAAUAGCAUCGUGAUGAAGAAUACAUAAACAUAAUUUCAUUUUUUAUAAAUAAAGUUACAUUGUUUUAAACUUUGAAAUAUAGCAAAACGUUUAAUUAGAAUUUUAAUCUUUUUAAACAAUUAUUAUUUUAGAAUUAAUUUUAACACUUAGCCAACCGAAUAGGGAGAUCUCUCCUCUCUGUGAAGUACAUCGCUGCGUGACCGAACGGGGAGAUCUCCCUUUUUGACUUCAGCAAUGCGUUUUCUUUUCUUUUUUUUUUUGUUAUUAUCAGUUAUUGUUUACCUUGAAUUCUUCCCAAUUAAUUGGGCCACUUUUUCUGCUUUUAUAAGGUACAGUAUAUCAUAAAAUACACCAGUUUAGUGGUGUUAAAAUCAAUUGAAAAGUUAUACUAUCAAUUAUGACUAAAUAAAGUUAUAAUUGAACGAUAUCACACUGUAAAAAAAAUAUUAAAAUGCAUUGUGAAUUUUUAAUGCUUUUAAUUUUACCUAUAUUUUUUUAUACAUUUAAUAUAUACUUUUAAUCUGAUGUUUCGUAUAAACAAUAUGUGAAAUCGUUAAACAAAAUUAUUACCGGAAAAUUCUUUGUUUUUUAAGUAGUGAAUAUUAGUUCUUGAUACUUGGAAAAAUGUGUGGUAGACAGCGUAUGGGUGGCUUAUCCAUUGCAGUGAGAAACGUACAGUUCGCUGUGAUGCGCACGGUUGACUAAGUGUUAAUUGUAUCAUACAUAUUUUUAAAUUCGUGCAAGGACAUAUGUAAUUUUGAACUAGUUAGUAUUAGGAAAUUAUUAAAUAUAUAGUACGCGAAAAGUUGUAAUAACUAUCAAAGCACAAUAAGAAUAAAUUCUUUAGUAAAAAACGAAA